GCUCAAGCUGGGCACUGAUCUCGUGUUCCGUGGGCAUUCCGCUUGCUUUCUGUGAACCGCCAUGUCCCUGCUCGCCGCCACCCUGCGCCGUGUGCCGAACGCGCGCCGAGCGGCUCCGGCGCUGGUGUCGCGACGUUGCCUGGGAGACAGCGUGACGGGCCCUGGCCCCACAGACCCUGCGAACCUCAAGAUUGCCGUCAGCUUCUUUACCAAGCCGGCCAUGUCCUACGGGGAGUUCAAGCAGCAAUGCAUCUCCUUGAGGCUCUUCGCCUUUCUGGGCACCUGCGGCUUCUGCGUGCUCGGGCUGAUGGUGAACCCUCCGAAGUCCUCCUACUGGCAACAGUACUCCCCGCUGUACGUCAUGGGCAGCAUCAAGGACUGCUUCCUCGGCUCUGCACCGCCGCUCUUCCUCCCUGCGAAGGUGGAGCGCGCUGUGGACGUGCCAUUCGUGUGCCAGGAGCUGAUCACUACACGCCGACUCUUGACCGGUGGCAGCGACAGCGAGGAUGACCACUGAGAGCGCUUCUAUCGACCGCGAGAUAGGUCGCUAGGUCGCUAGGCGCUAGAUGUAGCGUCAGCUGCACCCAAGUCGGGCGAUUGGUUGAGACAACGGAUUUUGGAUCGACCUUUUUGGAGGAAGAACCGCUUCAGAAGUCCUGGCUAGAACG